UGCGUGUGGGUGCAUCUUCUUAUUUCUUACAUCGAUUCAUAAUAUGGGAGAAGUAGCGUACUAAUUAUCACCUCCAAUAUGAACUGAACCCCAGCCUAUAUAGAACCAAUUCCGCGAGCUGCGGCGUGCAGGCAUAACAUGUCUCUCCCUGCGUUAUUUGGCGUCGCAGGGAGGAUCCUGUCACGCCGCCAAGCCGGUGCAAGGCUGCUACAUUCACGAAGGAAUAUUCAUGGGGCUGGGGGUGUUGCUGCCACCGCCGGCCGCCGCUUCGGCUUCUUUCCGAGGGAUCACAAGCUGAAUGUUGCUAUGAUUAUAGCUACGUUCUCUGCCGUUGGAGGUCAAAUUUGGUGUAUCACCGAGAACCAUACUGAGAGGGAACAGUUUGUUGAUGAGAUCCCCAAGUCUUCGUCCAAGGGCCUUAACGCAUUGGCUUGCACUAAUGAAGCAGAGCGUCCAAAUACUCAAAAAGGCAAAGGAAAGGAAGACAUAAGGCUCAUACAGUUCGAGGAGUGGAUGGACGAAUACAACAUUCAAUAUCCAGAUGAGGAAACAGCACAGAGCAAAUUCUCUAUCUUCAAGGCAAACGUAGAAUUGCAUGGUUAUACUACGUACAAAGAGUAUAGGGCUGCUUUAGAUACGACAUCAUACGAUGAUCUUGUGCGCUCACUUCGACGAUCAAAGGUUGAUUGGGUUGAGGCUGGCGUUGUCUCUCCUGUUGUGAGGAAACAAAAGCUUUGCGGUUGUUGUUGGGCCAUGGCCACCGUAGCCUCUGUCGAGGCAUUACACUAUAUGAAGACCAAACAGUCAAUCUUGUUGUCGGUUCAACAACUCAUCGAUUGUGAUACAAAGAACAACGGUUGCAUUGGUGGUCAUUCCGAUGUUGCUCUCGAGUAUAUACGAAAAAAUGGACUAUGGAGUGAAUCUUCCUACCCUUACGUGGACCAGAGUAAUAGUUUUGGUUGCAAGGUGAACGAAGCAGUAGUAGCAAGGAUAUCAGGUUUUGAGACUGUACCCACAACAGAGGAAGCUCUCGAGGAGGCUGUUGCAAAGCAGCCCGUGAUUAUCUAUUUGAAGUGGCCAACUAGUAUGAACAAUUACAAAGGAGGCAUCAUAGAGUAUGAAGACCUGCCAACAACUCUGCCUGAUGGCAGACAACUCCGCUGGCAUGCUGUCCUGAUUGUCGGUUAUGGCACGGACUCCAAUGGUAUUAAGUAUUGGCGUUUCAAGAACUCGUGGGGAGAGACUUGGGGCGAAGGGGGAUAUGGGAGGAUCCGCAGACAUGUCCAUAAUGGGCAAGGUGUGCUAGGUAUCUGCACAUAUCCGGCAGUAUAUCCAGUGGUUUGGUGAAGUUGUACCAACUACUAGCCUUACAUUGAGAUGUAUACACGUCAAUAUACACACUUUUAAAUCUAAUCCAUGCAACCUCUUCUAUAUUGUAGACUUUUCAUCCAUU